AUGAGUACUCCGUCGUCAGGUCGUAAGAGCCCCGUUGACUACGGGGUUCAGAUCCGCUUCAUCAGUGACUCUGGAGGGGGGAUCCCCUCAACCCAGCCCAGACCCAAGCCCCCCUCCACUUCGAAGUACGGGGUGGCUGUCAGGGUCCAGGGCAUCGCCGGACAGCCCUAUGUGGUUCUGAAGGACGGGGGCCCGAAGGGAGAUUCGUACGGGGUGCAGCUCCGUACCCACUACCCCCCGGGUUGCAGCAGUCUGCCCCGCAGGAGAGACAGAGAGGAGGGAGGGGGGCAGGGAGGAGCGGGAGAGGGGGGAGGAGGAGGGCAGGGAGGGGCGCUACGCAGGGCACAGUCACAUGGUUCAUUACUGGAGAGUGAGGGGGGAGGAGGAUUUGGGAGACCACCAGGGGAUGGGAGGUCUGGUAGCUAUGGGAACCUGGAUGGAGGGAUUGGGGUCGCGGAAGAGAGAACGGAUGGAGGAGGGGUGAGGGAGGGGGGUAUGGAGAGCAAUGUAAUGUGUGGGUCGUAUCAGUCCGGGCUCAAUGGGUCACUGGGGAGGGGAGGGGGGAGUCAGUAUGCCCUUGACCUCCAUCCUUCCCAAACAGUGCAGCCCCCCCUGACCACGGCAAACCCCCACCCCCAGACCACCCCUUACCCAGCACAGCCCCACCGCCAGAACCCUGUCAACAGACUGAUCAGCAGGUUUGACGGCAGCAGCAGUACCAGAGGACAACAGAGGGGGCGCUCUCCUGUAGCAGAGGACCCUAGAGACACCGCCUCUCCUUCCCACGCCCCCAACCCCUACUCCUCCCCUCCCUCCUCCACUCACUGCAGCCUGGGGCAGGGCCAAGGCUCCGUCGGCAAGGCAACGGUCCAACCAGCCAAUCCGUGGGCUCCGCCAGGGAGGUUUGUCGCUGUGGAGACGCCGUCAGCCAAUCGGACAGACCCUCUGGUAAGAGACUGGACAAGAGGGGAGAGCGGUUACUAACUAGUACACUAUCAGUACCUCCAGUAAAGUUUAAAAACGUACUAAUACUGAGCUCUGUCUAAAGGUGACCCCUGACCUUCUGCUUCAGAGUUCAGAGGUCACCAGUGAGGAGGAGCAGGUCAUGCAGACCAUCUACAGCAUCCUCAGAGAAGGGUACAGCAUUUAUCUUACUGUGUCAUUCACCAUUACUUCAGGCCAGUUAUCAACAUCCUUCUGACCAUGUGUGUUUGACCUGUUGUUCUUCACCCCUCAGGACUAGUGAGAGUGACUCGAUCAUCAGACACAAAGUCAGGGUGAUUUUCCAGAAGAUCCAGGGACUCAAGGUACUUUAA